AUGGCAGAGGAAGCACCGGUAGUCCAACAAAACAAUAUUCUUGAGCCUGAAGUUAUUCUCAAGAAACGUAAAGUUAAUGAGCGUACUCGCCUUGAACGAGUAGAAGCUGCUCUUGAAAAGAAACAGUCUCAAAACAAAAAGAAAAAUAUUGUUUUCAAACGUGCUGAAUCAUUCGUUAAGAAUUAUCGGGAUGGUGAACGUGAACGUUUGAGAUUGAAGCGUGUAGCUAAGAAGACUGGUAGCGCUUUGAUUGACGAGGAGCCUAAGCUUCUUUUUUGCAUUCGUCUUGCUGGUGCUCGCAACAUCCCACCAAAGGCUCGUAAAGUAUUACAGCUUUUACGAUUAGCCAGUACUAACAACGGUGUCUUUGUCCGUAACACCAAGUCCACCGCAAACAUGUUGAAACUUGUUGAACCAUAUGUUACAUAUGGUGUUCCUAGUCUGAAGUCAGUCCGUGAACUGAUCUACAAGCGCGGUUUUGGUAAAAUUAAAGGUCAACGGGCAGCUCUUUCUGACAAUGCUCUCAUUGAAGAAGCUCUUGGAAAGUUUGAUGUUAUUUCCAUUGAAGAUAUUAUACAUGAACUAUACAACGUUGGACCUCAUUUCAAAGAGGUCAGCAGCUUCCUGUGGCCUUUUAAGCUGUCCUCCAUCAAACACUCUUUAAUUGAAAAAAAGGUUAAGCAUUAUAAUGAAGGUGGAAAGGCUGGCUUCUGCGGUGAAGACAUUAAUGACUUGAUCAAGGAACAAGCUUAA